CGCACACUGAAAAAAAGGGGUAAAUCUACAAUUUUACCCCUAUUUGUCGCCAUACGUAAAACAUCAACAAAUAGUCCUCUGCGCUGCUAUAUAUAUCCAUAUAUAUAUGAUUCAUCCCGUAAAAUAACUUUCCACAACCCCAAAUGCCUCUCCAGGCCCUCAUCCUCGCCGGCGGCCAGUCAUCGCGCAUUGGAGCGCGCAAGGAACUGCUCCGGCUAACGAGCAAUUCGCCACCGCUUUUCCUGCACCUUGCGCUGGUUCUGAAAAGAGCAUGCCCGGAGCUGGAUGUGGUUCACGUCUCGUUGAAGGACCGGACCGGGACGCUGCGACAGACCUUGACGUGCUACCGCAAUGCGCAGGGCCACUACGAGCCCCCGUUCGCCAUAUGGACGCCUGCGGCUCUUGGGAUCUUAGAUGCCAAUAUGAAGUGGGGUAACACGGGUCCGCGGAUUGUUAUUCAGGAACUUGAUUCCAGAGGACUUGGGGAGUUGAGGGUGGUGGUGGUGGUGGUGCCGCGGGAGGAAAUGUAGUUGUUAAAUGCGAAAUACGAUCGAGGAGUGCGGGGACGCGGUGAGGCUAUUUAGGGAAGGGGUAGGGAAAAAUCUAUAAGGAUGGAAGCUAUAGUUACAGGUUAUUAAUUAUUACAGUUAGAUGUCCGGCUUUAAAAAUAAGCCAUGGAAUAAAGCACGCCCUCCUCCCAUCAGGGGGUAAAUAUCAACACCAUCCCCCCCAUGAGCUCUGCACGAUCCGGGUGGAUAUGCAUGCACCCGGCAAUCCGCGCCCAGGAAUGGCCUAAGUUUACCGGAACUAUGGUCUACAACGAUGCCGACCUCCAUUGCACACUGGUCUCCUCGAGAAAGCACUUCCCCAGCACAAAAUACGUCGUUAUCCGCUGGAAAUGAUGCAACCAAUUUUCUAUUCGCAGGGAUACCAUUUAGCAUAUUAGCGCCAUCGUCUCUGCGUGUACUUUCCUUUGCUUCAUUCAGUUUAUCAGGAUGAUUAUUAUUCCUGUGUUGGUGAUGUUCCACGAGAGACCGGAUUAUGCCCCGGACAGGCUGUUCAGAUGGUUGCGACAUCAGCGUGCGAAGAUAUGGCACGACGAGAAACUUAAGGCAAGCAACACUGGCGACGGGGUUUCCGGGUAGACCGAAGAAUGCAACUUUUUCCUCUUCUUCCCCUUACUUUCUCUUCUUCCUU